CCGGGAGGAAUCUCUGCCGCACAACAAUCCAGUUAGAAUCGGCAGUUGUUCAGUUGUUUUUAAGCGGUCGUCUGGUGUAGUUGUGGAAAACGGUUAAAACCGGAGAUUCGCAAGUGUGGUGUGCAAAACAAACAAAAUCCAACAAACCAUAUAACCGGUCAAAUUUUCCCUAAAACAGGAAGAAAAACAUUUCGUGUGUUUUUUUUUUUAUAACAUGGUAUCUGGUCUGUAGGUGGUUCAUUCAUACCCUGGGUCCAUUGCAUGCAUUUGUAAUCUAAUCAAAAAAAUUAACAACAGCAAAACAAAUUGAAAAAAUAAAUUAUUCCAAAUGAAAUGAAAUCGGAAAUUAUGUGCAGAAUAUUUUGUAUUAUUUAAUCGAAUCAAUUGUCGAUGUGAAAAUAACGGCACUUCGUGCGUGUGUGGUUUUGUGUGUUCAGAAUUUUAAAUGUCAGCAGAAAGCGAGUUUAAAAGAUCCGCUGCAUUAAAUGGAAAUAAGACUGAUGAGAACAAAGCAUACUAACUAACCAAAAUAACCACCAUAAAAAGCCUACAUUCUAACAAACCAAAUGUUUUUCUAAGGUUCAGCAGCUAGAGGAAAAACCGAAAAAUCAGUUAACCUGGAUAAAAGGAUACAAAUUAAAUUAAGCACCAUCAUGUUUUUGCCGGUUAAAUCGAAUCUUUCCACCGACAACACUGCCAACAGUGAAGAUGUCACCACCACCAGCAACAAUUCAACACAGACGCCGAGUGAUCUUAGCCCACCGGGACCAAAUGAGGAAGUUCUACCACAGGCACAUCAUCAAAAUCCAGGACAUUGUGUGGCAUCGUUUGCAGCGAUUAAUCAAAUGCGUACAAAUGCUCAGUUAUGCGAUGUUACUUUGGAAGUUGGCGGUGAAACCUUACAUGCCCACAAAGUGGUUUUAGCCUCAGUCUCCCCCUAUUUCUAUGCCAUGUUCAAUGAUGAUAUGCUGGAACGUACACAGGGUAUUGUACGUCUGCAUGACAUUGAUGUAACUGCCCUCAAACAUUUAAUCGAUUACAUUUAUACGGGAGAGAUUACCAUAACCGAACAAAAUGUUCAGGUCCUAUUGCCUGCAUCGAGUCUGCUGCAAAUGCAUUCGGUUAGGGAAGCCUGCUGUAAAUUUUUGUUACGUCAGUUACAUCCUUCGAACUGUUUGGGUAUUCGUAGUUUUGCCGAUGCCCAUUCGUGCAAGGAGCUGCACACCAGAUCGCAUAAAUAUGCAUUACAAAAUUUCCAACAGGUCGUUGGAACAGAGGAAUUUUUAUUACUGCCAUUUGAAGAGGUCAAAGAUUUAAUAUCAAACAAUUUGCUGAAUAUAUCCUCCGAGGAGAAAGUGUUCCAUGCCGUGUUGAAUUGGGUCAAGCACGAUUUGGAUGAGCGUCAAAAUCACAUUGCUGAAUUGAUGAGUCAUGUGCGUUUACCUCUUGUAAGCCGUGACUUUUUGAUGACUUGCGUGGAGACGGAACCGCUGAUCCGUGAAGAUUCACAAUGUAAGGAGUUGCUGUUGGAGGCAAUGAAAUAUCAUCUCUUGCCCGAACAAAGAAGUCUUAUGGGCAGCCAGAGGACCCAUGAACGAAGACCGGACGGUAUGAAGCCCUAUGUAUUUGCUGUUGGUGGUGGCAGUCUCUUUGCCAUACACAAUGAAUGUGAGGUUUAUAAUCCACGGACAAAUGCCUGGUCAACCAUUGCCCCAAUGUUGUGGCGUCGUUCCCGAUCGGGUGUGACCGCGCUGCAUAAAAGUCUAUACGUGGUGGGUGGUUAUGAUGGUGUCAAUGAUCUGGCCACCGCGGAGUGUUACAGUCCAUUGACCAACAAAUGGACCUACAUUACACCCAUGGGUACCAAACGCUCUUGCUUGGGUAUUUGCUCAUUUGAUGGUUUGCUAUAUGUAUGCGGUGGCUAUGAUGGAGCUUCGUGCUUGAGUAGCACAGAACGUUAUGACCCGUUGACUUCGAUUUGGAGUUCUUGUCCGGCCAUGAAUACACGACGCCGUUAUUGUCGCCUGGCUGUUUUGGAUAAUUGUAUCUAUUCACUGGGUGGUUUCGAUUCCACCAAUUAUCAGUCGAGUGUGGAACGUUUUGAUCCAAGAGUUGGACGCUGGUAUCCGGUGCCGAGUAUGACGGCUAGACGAAGCAGUUGUGGUGUGGCCUCGGCAGAUGGUUACCUUUAUUGUAUUGGAGGUAAUGAUGGCACCAUGUGUAUGUCCAGUGGUGAGAGGUUCAAUUUGCGACGCAACUGCUGGGAACCCGUAGCCGCCAUGCAUUCACGUCGGUCCACCCAUGAAGUUGUGGAAGUAGAUGGUGCCCUAUACGCCUUGGGCGGUAAUGAUGGCUCUUCUUCGUUGAAUUCCGUGGAACGUUAUGAUAUACGUUUGAACAAGUGGACCAUUGUUAAUUCGAUGGUGGCUCGACGUAGUUCGGUGGGUGCAGCCGUCUUGGAUUGCUUCCAUUUGGAAAGGGGGCUAGUACAGACUACAAAUUUAUGACCCGCACUGAGCUCCAUUGCUGAAUCGUUUGCUAAUGCAGCUGCCGCUAAUGGCACGGCGACGGGAACUCUUUCGAAAAGUUCCUCACCCACUGCCACUAACGGCAUGACUACAUCAGCAACGGCAUCUGUUGCUGCUGCCACAUCAUCAAAUUCUGUGACUUCAACAUUGUCUUCUCUGGCAUCGACAUCUUCGAACAGUGUCACCACCACCAACAAUCCAAUCUUGCCUGGCCGAGCAGUGAGCGGACGUAGCAUGCUUUCGGGGGAUCUAUUAAAUGUAGUCUUGCCACCAACCUAUACUCUAAGCACCUCGGCGCCAUCAUCAUCGACAUCCACCUUGAGGCGGCACCGUGAUCGCAACCCAGCCCCGGAGCCUAGCCCUCGCACUGAGCGGCCCAACAGCGAAGAUGGCAGCGGCAAACCAUCAACUGCCUGAUACUUGUACUACAGAUAAGAUAAGGCGUUCGACCUACAGUUUUGACAUAUGCCCAACGAAUUCACUGCCUUCUUACUACCCAGUUCUUCGCCUCCUGCUCCUUCGAUUUACCUUCCCUUUUGCUGUAGGUGGUACAAGAGGGCCAAGGCCCUAAAACAAAAUCAAACUCUUCUCUAAAAAACAGAUCCCGCAAGAGAGCAAAAGAAAGAAAGGAAACGUUUAAAAUACUGGUAUCUUAUUAGGGAAUUAAAAUAUACAAAAGAAAACCUAUCUGAACACUUACACUUUAAUCUAUGGAUCGAAGAAGCCUGUAGCUGGACAUACUAGAACUUUUUUUGUAUUGUGGAAUUGAUUUAAAUUACUCUUAAGAAAUAAACAAAAGACCAAAUUAAUAAAUGCCUUGCACAAGCUAUACAAGGUGUUCUAAAUAUACAUAUAUAAUAAUCAUAAGUAUUGAUUGGAUUUCAUAAAGGAAUUCACUAAAACAAAUAUGAAUUUAUAAUAGAGUCGAACCUAACCUAACCAAAACUAAACUUAACCUAACCUAAAACAACAAGCCCACUUACAUCUUUUUUAUGAAAUAUUGAGAAUAGCAUAAAUUUUUUUGCUCUUAUGAACAAUUUUUUUAUAAAAUGUUUAAUGAAAAAUUACAAAAACAAAAAAAACACAACUAUUGAUAACUUAUCAAAACAUCAAAAAGGAAAAUUAUUCAUAACUUACAAAUAAACAAAAUAAAUAAAUAUAAAAGCAAAUCUGAAAAGAUUUGCCAUAUUCUCUAUGGUAUUAAGAAAUGAAAAUAAAAAAACACAUUC